AUGAUCCAUCAUGCUCAAUCAGACUUGCCAUUGACUCAGGUGCCCUGCUUUGGCACAGAGAUACAGGGCAACACAACGACAAGCACCUACCACGAGCUAAAGACCUCUGUUGAGAGCCUUCCCGAAAAUGACGAAGACAUUCUCAAAGGCUUUGGCCGAUACAUUGCGCAAAUUGCCGAGACUGCGCAGCCUUCAUUCUGUGCGCAGCUGUCUGCCGGCGAGUGCACGGUAGGUGUUGACAUGUCGCCCACGGGUUCCAUGGAGACGAAACGCAGCUCAUGGCGUGUGAGCAAGCAAGAAAUGGUCCGUUUGCACUACGACAACUUUUGUAUCUUAAUAUCAAAAGCUGCAGCAACUCCUGGCGUCCCAAAUCUCAGCGGCGCGCUGCAGCUGAUCGUCACACGGGAUGACGACUCAUCCACGGCCAGCCUGAGCAUACGGCUGAGGGCUAGCCACGGUCCGCUCGACGCUGCCACUCAUCUGCUCAAGCUGGCAGCAUGCACUCUAGUUUCGGAAACCUACCAGCCGACGUUGAUGAGCCGCUUCAACGUUGGGAUUGGGCUAGAGUCGUUGGAGGAAACAGGCCUCAAUCAGUCCAUCAGUGGCUCGCUCGCCAGCGGUACCGGCGCUGACAAUGCGGCACUUGUGCACACCGCGUUUGAGAAUCAAGUCCUGAGUCGCCCAGAUAACAUUCUCAUUGAGUAUCUUAGUCGGGACGAUGAAUUUUCCCUCGACAGCAUUCAGAGUCUUACAUACAAAGAUGUACACACCCGAGCCACGGCGCUGGCCCGAGAGCUCGUGGAAAUUGAACGCUACGCCGACUGGAAGCCCAUGACCGGACAGCAGCGCGCAGUGCCGAUACUUUUGCCAACAUGUCCUGAGAUCAUCAUUGCCAUCAUGGGCAUAUUAAAGGCUGGAUACGCCGCUUGUCCCAUGGCCGUCGAUCGGCCAGCCGCGAGCUUACAAGAGAUCCUCGGCGAUCUCAAUGCUGUGCCCGUCAUUGGCCGGGGACCAGAUCCAUUCUCGUCUGGUGUAAGCUCCAACAACAGUCCUCGGCAGCUCUCUUCUGGUCGAUUCAUCUGGGUCGACCUGGAUAAUCUUGGCGAAUGGAGGACCGGUCGAAUCUUGACGGCGCCUAUUGUGCGUCCGCUGCCUGUGCCGGCAUCCAGCGACAUCGCCUACGUCAUCUUCACCAGCGGCUCAACGGGCAAGCCAAAAGGUGUUCUUGUCCCUCACCGAGCCAUGGUUUCUUCCAUUUCGAGCUUCGCCCGUCGUGCCGCGCACCUGCCUACAGGUCCACGACUGCGCUGGUUUGUCAUGAACCUCCCCAGCUUCGACGCCUAUCAGCUCGACGUGCUUCACGUCAUUCUCCGAGGCGGCACGCUUUGUCUGGCAGAAAGGAGUCUUGUGCUGACGGAUGUCGAGCGCGCCAUCAAUAGACUGCGUGCGACUGCGACGACGACCGUGUCCAGCCUGGCCGUCAUCCUGCGGCCCGAGAAGCUUCCUACCUUGCAAACCAUUGUCGCCGGCGGCGAGAUGCUGCAUCAGCAGGUCGUUGAUAACUUUGGUCAGACGUCUGUCGUUGGCAAAGAGGAACGCCGGCAACCGGCUCGUCAUCUCAUCAACGGCUACGGCCCGACAGAGACUGCUAUUGUAGUUGCCACUGAACUCAUGUCUGUUACUACUCGCGGGAGCAUUAUCGGAGAGGCGCUGCCGACGUCCAUUCUCGUCAUCAUUGACCCGGUACCUGACGUUGUACGCGAAGUGCCCGCCGGUGUGCCCGGAGAACUUGCCAUUGGCGGUCCGCAGCUCAGUCAUGGUUAUCUCAACCGACCUGUGGAAACGUCACAGGCUUUCGUCACGCAUACGACGCUCGGCCGUCUGUAUCGCACAGGCGACAAGGCACGCGUGGUAUGGGCCAGUGACGGUCAGCGCAAGAUUGAGAUUCUCGGUCGUCUCGCGCUUGAGCAGGUCAAGAUCAAUGGCCGGCGCAUGGAGCUCGGCGAGGUAGAAUCGUGUUUGCUCGGUGUGGGUCACGUGCGCGAGGCAGCUGUCGUGCCCGUGCAAAAUUUCAUGUUGGCUGCGUUUCUGGUACUUCGCAACGGCGAGGGUGUUGCCGAGGACACGGUCAAGGCCGCGUGUCAUCGCCAAGCCAGCGAGCAUCUCGCGCCAUGGAUGCGUCCGUCGAGCUACCACGUUGUACCCAGCUUGCCGCGAACUCCAAACGACAAGAUUGACCGGAGAGAGCUGAAGCGUUCCAUGGAAGAGCGCAGCGCGGCACAGGACGCACAGCCAGCAUUGGAACACGCUGCUCAGUACAAUGAUACUGUCAACGGAAUCAAAAGACUGAGUGUCGAGACACAAUUCCGCGAAGUCGCCAAUGUCAAUGGCGACAAGCAACAUGCUCACACCGGUCUGACCCUGACGCCAGCCACCAGGUCGGUGACGCAAGCAAAUUCUUCACCAUCUGCGACUAUUGGCUCACCCCCCGCAAAACAGAGCGAAAGCCCAGUUGUUCUAGUCUACAGAGGACUUGCUGCUGCGAUAGGAGACAACGUGCGCAGCCAUCCGCGAGAGACACCCACGUCUAGCAUUGGCUUGGACAGCAUACGCGCCAUGACGCUUCUCCGCGCAUUGAGGGCAGAGGGCGUCACGGGUCUGACAAUCAUGGAUGUCUUGUCGGCGACGCAUAUUCAAGAUAUCAUAGCCAAAGUCGAGAGCGUCACCGCCAAAGGUGCACCUGAUGGCGCGUCGGGAUCAGAGCAAGACAAGGAUACCACUCGCAAAACACCCAACGGUUUUUCAAAUUCGGGACAACAGAGAGCUCCCAAUGACUCGACAACACACCAAGCCAGUGUCCAUGAUGAAGAAGACGACGGAUCUGAUUCAGGACAGAGAUCUUUCGAAAUCAUAGCCCCAGAUGAGAUUGAUCCUGAUCCACUCCGCACAGAACAACUGAAAUCUAUCCCUAUAGACGAUGAAGACGCCAUCUAUGAGCUGGAUGCAGAGGCCAAAGUCUGGCACUACGACUACCACUGUCGCAGCCAGUGCGCGAAAGACCUCAAUUUGAAGGAAGAGGAAAUUGAGCAGGUCCUUCCCGCAACGGGCAUACAAAUGCGCCUGCUAUACCUGGCCACUGAUCCCUCCUUCAAUGACCCGCAACGCUACCAGGGCAAGGCGCAAGUUGACCACGUACUAUACCUGGUUCCUCUGGGAAUGGAAGCCAACCGUCUGCGGCGCGCCAUUGAGACGGUGGUCCGCCGUCAUGACAUCUUUCGCACCGUUUUCACGCCUACAAAGCACCCGCUAGCCGAGUACGCUCAGGUCGUUUUGUCCCGCGACGCGCCGCGCGCCGCACUACAGACGCGGAGCAUGUACGUGGAUGACGGGGGCACCGAGCAUGUGGCCAACAGCGAUGCCUGGAAGAAGGCACUGACUCAGACGCAAGAGGAUGCUGAGCAAUCGAUGGGACUGGAUACGCCAUCCAUUCGCAUGGCGUAUGUGCAGUCGCUCGACGAGCAGCGCUGCGUCAUUGUCUUAUCGCUCAUGCAUACCAUCUAUGACGGCGUUGCGUUUCGACUCUUUCGCGCCGCCGUGGCCGCCGAGUACGACGGCACGCCGCUCGGCAUGGAGCUUCUCCCUUUCAAAGCGGCUGUUGAGGACCACUUGGCAGCCGACUGGUUUGAAACUAUCCUAUUCCUCAUGUCGCGGUAUGCCAAUGUGCCCGUCUUUCGCACGGGAAAUCUUCGCCCGCGCACAACCCAGACGCGCGAAUACAAAGAGCUGCACUAUCAGCUGUAUCCGUCCAACUCACACAUGCGCCGCUUCUCCAUUCGCGCACGCAUCACGCUGAAUGAACUCAUGGGCCGAAAGCACUCAGGGCUGCCCAUGUCGGGCCAGGCAGUCGUGCAGGCGGCCUGGGCCAAGAUGCUCAGCCAGACCAUCCCUACAGGCGGUACCCGUCUAGACAACCAUGGCGCUACGCCGACAUUCGUCGAGUUUACCACGGCCUUCCAUGGACGCUACAGUGAAGCUGCCCGGCGGACCAUGGGGCCGUUGCUCACUGGCCUUCCGAUCAUGAUACCGAUUUCUGCUAUUCGAGCGGACAACAAGACAAACCGGGAGGUCUGCAGCCUUCUCUCUAUGCAGAAUCAGCAACUACUCAGCCACAUGGCCAUGCCAUGCCCCAACAUGGAAAUGGCGCAAGUGGGCAUGGACAGAGCUGACACGGGCCUGGUGCUGCAGAUCCACGAUCUGGAGCAAGAUGAAGCCCCCGACGCGAGAUCCCGGCUCCCAGACUUGCCUCUUUUCCACCACGACUCAAACGUUUUGCACCCGUAUAAGCCUCUCGAUUCGGGCUUUGUGAUCAUGGCCGAGGUCUGGCCGGGCGUGGGCGGGCCGGACGACAACUUGACGCUCAUCUGCAGCUACAACAGCCAGCGCCCGGGCUACGAGUUUUUGUCGCGCUCUUGGGUGCUCAGCGCCUUGGUCAGCUUUGACGAGGCAAUGACUGAUAUUCUCGAAAACCCGGAAGCUUCGUUUUGCGGGAACCCGGUCGCGGUGAAUGGCCAAAAAUGA